AUGAAGCUUCAGAAUGCAAUCCUUCUCUUGGCAAGCUUGAUGGCUGUCAAUGCCUUUUCGGUGCUCCCAGGACAGCAAAAGAGAAAUGCUGCUUCCAAGAUACCCAUUCGGAGUGAACCAUCCGAUUCAUCUAGCGACGACUACUUCACAGUGGAAGGCGAAGUGUAUGAGCCUACUGCUGACGAGAUCUUGGUUUCCAACGUGAUCGAUUUGAUGCCAAAGGCUCUUGGUUCCGUGAGCGCUGAGGAUAGGAGUGCAAUCAACGAGGCCAUCUACAAGCUGGAAUCUGUGAACCCGACCACUGACCCAACUCUCUCCCCACUCUUGAAUGGUGUUUGGGAGCUUCGAUACUGGGGUGGCUAUGACGAUAAUUGGGCUCUGCCUUCACCGACAAGGCAGAUUGCUUUGUUCUUGUACAGUGGAGGCUACUCGCCAGGUGUAUUCGCCUUGGGGUUGCUGCAGAACUUGCCCCUCCCAUCCGAGAUGCUUGAUGUGGGUGAUCUUGAGGUUACCAUCUCAAGAGAUCAACCACGUGUAGAAGCGAAGAUUCCCAUCAAGGUGGGAAGCGGGAUGGACGCUGGAAUUGCUGUCAAGGCUAGAUUGGAAGUGGAGUCAGGCAAACGACUGAGGGAGACAUACGAAAGUGCCACUCUGAUGGAGCAGAAUGUGAACUUGCCAGGGAUUGCACAGUAUUCCCGCGAGGUUUUUGUUACCUACUUGGACAAUGAUAUACUUGUUGCCCGGGAUGGAAGUGGCGUUGUUGAGGUGCUGGUACGAAAGCAGAAGACGUUCUCCCAGAAUUGGGGGACUGAACCCUCUGACUUUGAUUUGACACCUCCAGGCGAGGGUGUAGAAUUUGGAUCCCCAACAAUGUAA